AUGGAUUGCAAUCCAGUCACAACCCCUGCAGAUUCAAACAGUUGUCUUGUUGCAUCCUUAUCUCCAUCUUAUGAAGUUUUCCUCUUUUCCGAAGCGGUUGGCAGUCUACUAUAUCCAAUGCUGUCCGAACGUUCCGAUAUUAAUUUUGCGAUUAUUAAAGUCGCUCAAUUCGUCAGUCAACCAGAUCGUUCUCACUGGACUACUGUGAAAAGAAUUGUUUCCUAUCUAAAAGGCACGACAACUUUCGGAAUUCGUUUCGGAGAUACCAAUGACGUUCUACUCAAAGCCUUUUCUUAUGCUGAUUACGCCGGGGAUUUGGACACGCGUCGGUCAAUAACAGGAUACAUCCUAUUGCUCAAUGGUGGCCCAGUUGCCUGGGGUAGUGCAGUCAAAAAUGCGUUUUAG